CUUCAACAUGCGCCAAAUUAAAAUUUAUACGCGUAAAGUUGUUAAAAUCUUUUUGUUGGAGACGUUCCAUAUACAGAAAAAGUAUAUGGUAGUAGUAAAAGAAAAAGAAGUUAACCUCAAGUGACAGAUUCACAAGCCGAAAAAGGGGGCGCGAGAAGCGGGAGAGACGGACGGAAAAUUAAUUCGAACAUUAGGCAGGAAAAUUAAGGAGCCGUGCGACAAAGGAUUCUCGGCGGGAUGACUCUCGUACUACACGACGUUAUUCAUCCCGUGUACAUCCGCGGCGUCAUUAACGCUCUUCCGCGAAUAUAGCGGUGCACACCAAGUGUGUCGUCUGUGUAUAUUGUAUAUAUUGCCAAGCGGCGAAAUUAAGAUUAACGAGGAAAGUAUUUCUGCGCCGCGAAGGAGUUCCCUACUCUCCUAACGACGGAAAUGACGAACUUUUCGCAGGAUAAUGAGAUCGCGCGAGGUGGCCGCUCGAUCGACGAUCGGAUCUUCCGUUCGAUCGAAAUAAUAUCCGGAAGGAUAACUCAUCGUCGAACGACACCUGGAUUCGCAUAAUUCGAUACAAUCAGAAACAGAGAUACUCGAGAUUUAUGGCAGCGACGUCUGAUUUCGUAUCCAUUUUGCAAGAGCGGCUCAUCGAGAAGAAAAGAAGAGGGAGGUUAUGGUGAUGCAAUUUAAAAGAAUGAUAUUCGGCGGCGAAAUGACGACGACUACGGGCGACCCGUCGACCCUGAAGACACCGGCUUCCCUGUCGGGAGGUGAUCUCGUUUCUCGGCUGCUGGCGGCUACUCCUCCGUAUCUGUACAACGUGCCACUGACGCCUCACAGCUUCUUCUUCAGCGAGAUGUUACGCUCCUUCGUGCAGGCCAAGACGGAGGCAUCGUCGGCUGGCGGCGGCGGCGGCGGCGGCGGCGGUGGUAGCGGCGGCGGCGGCAAUAGCGUUGCGACUAACGCGCCGCGACGCCGUAAGCGAUCCUGGCGAGACGCCCGGGACAGACCGCUGGAGCUGACGACGAAGGAGCGGCCGCAUCAUCAUCAUCAUCAUCACUAUCAUCAGCAUUCGGACAAGUACUAUCACUCCACGUCGCAGCAGCAACCUCCUCAGGUACCGCCGGAGACCCGUCUGGAGAACGAUGGCAAGCGUUCCGACGCCUAUCUCGACACGCUGGAGAACAAGGUCGGCGCGAUAUUCGAGCAGAAGCCGAACUUCGGCGGCGACAUUCUCAAGCCCAUCGACGAGAACAAGACCGAGUUCCCGCGGCAGCACGGUAAGAACUUCUUCGACGAACGACCGCGGCACUUCGAGCAGGCCCAGCCGCCGGAGAACGGCUUUCCCGGGGGAGAAACGCCGCGGAAGAUCAAGCCGGAGGAUUCGCAGCAGCUGGACCGCAUCGGCGGUAGGAAUUACGAGGACCGCUCGAAAAACAUCGCGUCCGGUCAGGAGGUGGUGUCCCCUCUGCAACUGUCGGACCAGAAGAAGUUGGACUUCUCGCGAGCGGGCCCCUUCUUGCCCGGGAUGCCGGGUAGAGGAUGCGAGGGCGUGCUCCAGGGCGUGAAGGGCUUCGCUCUGCCCGGCGGCGUAUCCAGCCCGGCGGAAUUUCUACCAGGACCCCUGUGGUAUCCGCCGUACCCGAUGCCGCAGUCCUACCCCGGCAUCGAUCCCCUGCACUUCUUCAUAGACUUGCGCGUCUCCGGCCACAUUUGGGAUCGCAAGCACGCGAACGAGCGGCAGCUGUCCUUCAAGAGCAAGCACUGCUCGGCCUUCAGCGUGCCGCAGUCUAAGGAGUGCGGUAAUCGGCCAUUGAAUCUCACCCGCGACGAGGCCGUGACGUCAAAGAGUUCGGAGGCGGAAAACACGCGGGGCACCAACUAUAUCCUGAAGCAUCUCAUGAAGACGUACCAGGAGAUACAGCGGAUGAAGACCUCCAGGAUCGACGCGUCGAUGGAGAACGAGGAGAAUUCGAAGGAAACGCAGCAAGUUGGCGAAGACACGACGAAGGUAGAGGACAGCGGCAGUACGGCGACAAAUUCCGAGGAGGAGAGGAAGGACCUGCGGGCUCUGAUCGGUCUCGAAUUAGUGGUGGACUACGUGAAGGAGCCGAAGGACGACUCGUCGACCGAGCAAACGUCGCAAGUAACGGAAUAAACUUAUCAGUAACGAAGGCGAUUUGUGCGAAAGAGAUGCGCGCCGGACGGUCCUUCCACUUUAAUCACUAAAAAAUAGUCGUAGUGUUGUUAUUCGCAUUCAUUCUCGUGUAACACCUCCGAAACUGCACUCGCGAUAAUAUUCUUUCGCCGUAUAAUGUAAGUAUACCUCAGGCAAGGUAGGACUCGUCAGACCGUGCACAAGACUGACACUUGUUUCAUACGUGCGAGGCGUGUGAUACAUCUUCAUACGGCCGCGACGCGACGAUUCCUAAAGUAUUUCGCUUUAAGCGCUGUUUUUUUUUUCGCGGAUAUGUUUUCCUUUCUGUCAACGCCUUUCAUAGUCUUUAAAUCUCAUAGAGUGAAACGUCACUCUAAAAGAGUAAAAAUUGAGCUCGUGCAAUUUUCAAAUGAUUCUUUACUUUACGAAAUUUAGAGGAUAUCUUUAAUAGACACUUGUCAUUAUUUAUUGAAGACGUUUGUAAAACUUUAUCGCACUCUUACAUUUUCCAAAUAUAUUACGCCCGUCGCACGUCUAGAACAGAAUUGUCUUCCCUGAUUUGAUCCCGUAUAUUCCGAAUGAUCGAGAAAAAAGAAAGCUACGAAUCAACUUUGGGCGAGAAUCAAGAGAAUCGCAUAUUGAAGAUCUUGCCGGAGUGAAGUAGCUCCGAUGCGAAUUCGACAUGUGAUAUGCACUGUAAAUAUUAUUAUAGCAAUCCCGAUGUAUCUAUAUGUAUCGAUAGAAAGUACUCGUUGUUGUAAGUUGAACGUAAUAAAAGCAAUUGCGAUUUAA